AAAAAAUAGAAUUUUCCUCUCACUGAUUUGUUCCUAAAUAUCCUCACUGAAGAAUCUCUCCGAGGAUGCUACAGAUUAAAGGUAGAAAACUCAUCUUAUCUUCCUGCAACCAAUAGUGUGCAAAUGGAUACCUCUGUAGCUACACAUGCAAAAGAUCCUUUUGGUACUGCAACCUACCUACCAGGCUACUAGAUCUUUCUCUUUGAUGAAUAGGAGCUCCAUCUACAAAGUUCCAAGCUACUUGUGGGUGACAGUGCUUUCUAUCUUGUUUUCUCUUUGUUUUGAUCAACCAUUUGUGGAUUCUUGAUAAGCUGCGGCAGAUUGGACAAGCUGAUUGCACUGACUCCCAAGGGACAUACAUGGUACCAGCAAAGGUUGUUCCUUAGCUGAUCAUAUGUCAGUGGAAAAGAUUCCCAACAACUUUUUCCUGUAACAUCCAUUCAAGAGAUGUUUGCUCUACUUGCACUAUCUCUAUCCUGUAGUUAGGACCUCUGCUUUCUGAGCUACACCCAACUUUAAAUUAUUCUUAUGAUCCUGUCCUCUGCAGUUUAUGCUUUGGAUUUCUGUAGGCUCAUUAGAGGUUCUUACCAGGAACACAGAUUAGUUAAAAAGACUUUGUCCAGAGGGAGGGAGGACCAGAGUUCUGUAGUUACAUUCUCUCUAGCAUAUUUGCCAAGGCUGUGCAGUCCUAUUAAGUCCUUACGGAAUGAAACCCUGUUUGGAGUUCUUCACAGCUUUGGCAAGAUGGUAAAUGUCUUUGCACAGGUCAUGUUGAUCAUCUUCUUUGAAUCUAUCAUCACCUGAAUCUGAGUGAGGCCUUGUUGUUGUGCCCUCUGUAGUCAUUCCUUGAACCUCCAAAAGGGACACAUAUGUUCCUCAAAGGCAUGCAAUUACUCCUUUAUCCUUGUAACCUGAGACAUGUGACAUAUCCCACAGAGCUCAUGAUGCCGGACAUGUUUUAGAUCUUGUAGGGGUAAAAGAUUUAUAUAAGAUUUCUGAGUAUGUCCUAAGUGUCCAGUUAAGGAGAAAGAGCUAAGAUGAAUUCUGGGAUGUGGCUGCUACAUGCAUGAUUUUGUCUGUUCCUUUCCUAUUUAUUGCCUCUUGUAGUUCCUACCUGCAAGUUCUUGAGUUCCAACCAAGAAGAGGAGCAGGAAAGAUGUAUGCAGAGACCGGGCUGCUGUUGCCCUGCAUGCAGGGCUUUCCACAAGUAGUAUCAGGAGCUGAUCAACAUCUUCUUCCGUUUACAUCUCAUGAAGACUUGGUCUCCACGGUCUUUCCUGGUGCUGCUCCCACCUUGGGUAACCUGGUUCAGAUUUCCUUUACUGAUUAUGACCUGGGAGGAGACAGGGAUCUGUUUGAAGCUCCAAAGCCCAUAUUAGAAGAAUCAUUAGAUCCCAUAACCGCUACCAUGUCAGUGAUGCCUGGUUAUGGAAGUACUAUAACAGAAGAAACAAUGAAAACCACAGGUACAGAGUUGAUCCAAGAUGAAGAUCUAUCGUGUGAGGUCUUCUUUGACUGCAAAAGAGAUAUUCUUACAAAGUCAACUACAAUUGUACCUUCUCCUGGCACAGUUGCUGCAGUGCAGACUGAAGAAGAUAUGGCUGGAGAAAAAGACAAUUCCUUUGCAGAGGGAUCUUUACAGAAGAGUGGCAGUUUUGGAUGCCUAGGCUCAGUGGACUACUCUAAGGUUCUCAGUGUCGAGCCAUGUUUUCUUGGUGUUACUGAUAUGAAUCUUCAGGUUGCGUUUCAGAUGAGGAGGGCAUACAGCGAAGGAGAUAUCCAGAUUCUUGGAAACAAUAACUCAGUUCAUGGUAACAUGAACACAGUUCCUACUUUUAAGGUUUUAGCAAGCUUUGAGGAUAUCAAGAUUGAGGACAAGAUCAAAGAAAGAAGGAUAAAGCUUUCCAGGUACAGGAAGAAGAGGACAAAAAGAAACUAUGGAAGAAAGAUCAAGUAUGCUUGCAGAAAGGCUUUAGCAGAGAGUCAGCCUCGUAUACAUGGAAGGUUUGCAAAGAUGGAGGACACGUAUGGAUGCAAUGAUCGAGCAAUAGGAGGUCGCAAACUGCAGCAAUGAAGUAUAGAUAAAUGUACAAGUAGCUUGCAGCUAGUACUGCUUUCUAAGCACACCUAUGGGUAAUGUGCGCUUCCAAUAUUAUGUUAUAAAGCUUGUUCAGAACUUUGAAUUAUAUUUGUUAGAAAUAAGCCUAUGGUUAUUGGCAUCUCUUGCUAUACUGUUGGUCUGUAUCAAUUAACAUUUAUCUGUAGCUAUGUGACUAGUUUGGAAUGAAUAAGAUUUAACAAAGUUUUGAGCUUUCAA